AUGGGAAGGCUGUUUGCGAUCAGUCUUGAAGGAAAUAUCUACAGCUGCAAGCACUGCAAAACCCAUCUUGCUCUUGUUGAUGACAUACUCUCUAAGUCGUUUCACAGCAGACAUGGAAAGGCUUAUCUUUUUCAUAACGUUGUUAAUGUCACACUCGGAGAGAAAGAAGAGCGGAUCAUGAUUACCGGAUUGCAUACUGUUGCUGACAUAUUUUGUGUUUCAUGUGGCUCAAUGGUGGGGUGGAGAUACGAGGCUGCACAGGAGAAAAGCCAGAAGUACAAGGAAGGGAAAUUUAUCCUUGAGAGAUUCCAGAUUCUUGGUCCUGAUGGAAGCAACUACUCGAUAGCUUUGGAAGCUCAGAUUGGUGGAAGCGAUGCUGAUGAUGCUUGA